AUGGCUCAGUACAAGGGCACGAUGCGCGAGGCCGGCCGGGCCAUGCACCUGAUCAAGAAGCGGGAAAAGCAGAAGGAGCAGAUGGAGGUGCUGAAGCAGCGGAUCGCCGAGGAGACCAUCAUCAAGUCGAAGGUGGACAAGAAAUUCUCGGCUCAUUACGACGCCGUGGAGGCCGAGCUCAAGUCGAGCACGGUGGGCCUGGUGACCCUGAACGACAUGAAGGCCAAGCAGGAGGCCCUGCUGAAGGAGCGGGAGAUGCAGCUGGCCAAGAGGGAGCAGCUGGAGGCGCGGCGGCUGCAGCUGGAGGCGCUGCGGGAGAAGGAGCGCAAGCAGGAGCAGAAGCGCAAGGUCUGCAGCCUGUCCUUCACGCCGGACGAGGGCGACGAAGGCGACGGGGACGGCGUGGCCGGGGAGCAGCCCGGGUCUGCGGCGGGGAGCAAGCGGCGGAAGAACCUGGGGAAGAAUCCCGAUGUGGACACGAGCUUCCUGCCGGACCGCGACCGCGAGGAGGAGGAGAACCGGCUGCGAGAGCAGCUGCGGCAGGAGUGGGAGGCGCGGCGCGAGAAGGUGAAGCGCGAGGAGAUGGAGGUCACGUUCAGCUACUGGGACGGCUCGGGGCACCGGCGCACCGUGCGGAUCCACAAGGGCGGCACCGUGCAGCAGUUCCUGAAGAAGGCGCUGCAGGGGCUGCGCAAGGACUUCCGCGAGCUGCGCUCGGCCGGCGUGGAGCAGCUCAUGUACAUCAAGGAGGACCUGAUCCUGCCCCACUACCACACCUUCUACGACUUCAUUGUCACCAAGGCCCGGGGCAAGAGCGGGCCGCUCUUCAGCUUCGACGUGCACGACGAUGUGCGGCUGCUGAGCGACGCCACCAUGGAGAAGGACGAGUCGCACGCGGGCAAGGUGGUGCUGCGCAGCUGGUACGAGAAGAACAAGCACAUCUUCCCUGCCAGCCGCUGGGAGCCCUACGACCCCGAGAAGAAGUGGGACAAGUACACGAUCCGAUGA